AUGAUCUUCGAUUUUACUUUCUAUCUCGGAACACAAAUACCUUAUUCAAUUCUGCAAGUCUGGCCGAAACUCACUGCCGUCUCAACCAAACCACGGACUAAUACAGCAUUUCGGCUACUUCCCCGUCGAAAAAUCAUGAACGAUACACAUGCUCCAAACACCGGCAACGGUCCAUUUGGACCUGUUGUCAACGGCACUCAAAUCGUCUUCUUCGAAUACCGUCCCAACAAGGCGGCGGGGUACAGCUUCGUAGUUCUCUUCGGCAUUUUGACCCUAGCACACUUGAUACAUAUCUUUUGGAAGCGGGCGUGGUUUUUCAUCCCUUUCUUCCUUGGUGGAGUUGCCGAAACCUUUGGAUACUAUGGCCGUGCACUUGCCUCUGUCAUAAUUACAGUUGCAUAA